UCUGUUGCUUACAGGUUGCUUGCUCGGGAGAGGCGGCCUUGGCUGUGGUAAUGGAUCGACGAGCGUAAAUGCUACUAUAUGACAUAUGCGCUCUCUCUCCAAUUCAUCCACCUCUGCCACUUUCCUACAGACGACUUUCAACUGUUGCAUUCUUGACACCCUUUGCGCACGACUUGACUACACCAGCGUACAAGUUCUCCCUCGCUGCAUCGCAUACUGCUCAAUACCAAAUCCUCAGCUGCAUCCUGAUUACAAUACCUAUAACGACUGGAACCACAAACGAUGAAGAUCGGUCAAACCAUCUACUUCCUCCUCGCAUUCAUCACGACCAUCCACGCGCUCGCGCUACCUUCAUAUUUCAGCGACGCCGCAACCGCAUCGCAAGCGCUAUGGAAGCGCAAGGGUGGCGGAGGCAGAGGCGGCGGUAGCAGCAGCGGUUCGAGCGGCAGCAGUGGCUCAACUGGUAGUUCUGGCUCUUCUGGCUCGACAGGCGGCUCUACCACCACAGGCUCCGGCGUCAGGCCCGCGUAUGGCGCUGGGGGCCGCUACUACGGCGGUGGCGCCGCGACGCCAUACACCUCCGGCAGCAGGUCACCAGGUGGCAUUGCACCGUACUUCUUAGCCGGUUCCGCUUUGGCUUUCUUCCCAGGCAUCUGGCUCUACGGCGCGUAUGCGUACGCCUACCCGCACCCGUAUACCUACCACAACAACACCUCGAAUCAGAACCAGACGCUUCCGGUCGAGUGUCUUUGCGGAGGCAAUGCCGAGUGCGGAUGCGACAGCAACAACGACACCGACUAUAUCAACACCAUCGCGAAUAACAACACUGUCUCGCGGGUCGCUGAUGUCAAUGGCACCCAGACGCUCGUUAUCAACGGCACGCUGGACAAUGGCACAACUGCUUCUGGAGGUACGGAGAGCGCGAAUGCUGCUGGUAGCCUGAAGCAAGGGUUGCUCGAGAUGAGCGGGUGGUGGAUCGUGGUUGCUGGCGCGGUCUACACUGCCUUCUUGUUUUAAGGCAGCCAUCCCACCCGGGAAUGACCGAGCUGAUUCACGAGAUGAUGAACCAGAACUGAAGGGCUUGUGCAAGGUGUUCAGGCGAAAUGGGGAAAGUCUGUGCCCAAGAUGGCCGUGAAGGGUCUGACUAGGUGGCGUUAUGGAAAAACAUGCGCGCC